GUUGGAACAUGUUCUCUCGAGUCCACUCAACGAUUUAUCUUUCUCUCUCUACCGACCCUUUUUUUCUUUGUUUCUCUCUCUUAAACUUCCACAUUCUCUCUAGCAAAGAAGAGCUACUGAAAGAAAGAGAGAGAAAAAGAUAUUUUCAAGUUUUUGUAAUGGAGGUUUCUUCUGCAAAAUGGGUCCUCAAUGUUUGUUUCUUGUUGUUGCUUUUUGUUCUUCUAGUUGAAGAAAAAGCUAUGGCUUCACCACAGAUCUCUCAGUCUCAGCUCAGCAAUGUUGAAGUUGAGACACACAGGUUACAAAGCUUUAACGAUUCAUCAAUGGCUGCAAGGGCAAAAGAGGUUGAAAAAUUGAAUGAGCGUGCUGCGGUAGCUGAUCCAGAGGUGGUGGCUUCUAUGGUUGAAAUGCACAUACAGAACAACACCCAAAGAAGGAACCUUGGAUUUUUCUCUUGCGGAACAGGUAACCCAAUCGAUGAUUGCUGGCGUUGCGACCCGAAUUGGCAACGCAACAGAAAGCGUCUUGCAGACUGUGGUAUUGGUUUCGGUAGAAAUGCCAUCGGUGGUCGCGAUGGAAAGUUCUAUGUUGUAACUGACCCAAGUGACAACGACGCUGUUAACCCAAGACCAGGAACUUUGCGCCAUGCCGUGAUCCAAGAUAGGCCACUUUGGAUUGUGUUCAAAAGAGACAUGGUUAUUCAGUUGAAACAAGAGCUUAUUGUGAACAGUUUCAAGACCAUUGAUGGAAGAGGAUCCAAUGUUCACAUUGCUAAUGGAGGGUGCAUUACAAUUCAGUAUGUUACUAAUGUUAUCAUACAUGGUCUUCACAUUCAUGAUUGUAAACCAACUGGAAAUGCUAUGGUCAGAAGCUCUGAAUCACAUUUUGGUUGGAGGACUAUGGCUGAUGGUGAUGCUGUCUCUAUAUUUGGAGCAAGUCACAUUUGGGUUGAUCAUAAUUCUCUGUCUCAUUGUGCUGAUGGUCUUGUUGAUGCAGUCAUGGGAUCAACAGCUAUAACAAUUUCUAAUAACCAUUUCACCCAUCACAAUGAGGUGAUUCUGUUGGGACAUAGUGACUCCUACACAAGAGACAAGCAAAUGCAAGUGACCAUAGCUUAUAACCAUUUUGGAGAGGGACUUAUCCAGAGAAUGCCACGGUGUAGACAUGGAUAUUUCCAUGUGGUGAACAAUGACUAUACUCACUGGGAGAUGUAUGCUAUUGGUGGAAGUGCUAACCCCACAAUCAACAGCCAGGGGAACAGAUAUAAUGCUCCUACUAACCCUUUUGCGAAAGAGGUGACUAAGAGAGUGGAAACAGCUGAAAGCCAGUGGAAAGGUUGGAAUUGGAGGUCAGAGGGAGAUUUAUAUCUAAAUGGUGCUUACUUCACAGCAUCUGGAGCUGGAGCUUCAGCUAGUUAUGCAAGAGCCUCAAGCUUAGGAGCAAAAUCUUCAGCUAUGGUUGGUACCAUAACUUCUAAUGCUGGUGCACUAGGUUGCAAAAGAGGCCGUCAGUGCUAGCAUCAUCAUCAUCAUCAUAUCAACCAAUUCAAGGAAACAAAACAACCAUUUUUCUGUGUUUGAUGAUUUUUCAUUUUUUUUCUCUUUUUUACCAUAUGAUAGUAUCAUAUCCAUUGCUUUUUCCCUCAUCAUCAUACAUUCUUGACAAGUGUACAUUAAUUACACAUUGUCAUUAUGUUAUCUUUUACCACAUUGUGUUUAUUGUUUGUCAACCUUAGCUGCUCAACUUGCUCCAAGCUGAAACAAACAAUGCAAAAGCAGGUGCAGAAGCGCUUCUCAUUUCAACAACCUUACCCACCCCCAAUUCAUAUGCAUAUUUUUCCAAAUGUCAAAUCAUGUCUCCUUACACACUGUUCAGUCCUUAUUCAGUUUUAUUUUAUAGGAUUUGAAUCUGAAGAAGAAGCCAAGAUAUAUAUAAAUAUAUUUUUAUUUUUACUUUUACUACUUUCUCUUUUGCUAUUUUCUUUUUUACCCUUGUUUUGUUUGAGUUAAUUAUAUACAAGAAAAAAAAGGAUGAUUGUCAAAGUUGAGUCAUGGAAACACUUUAUCUAUUAUGGUGAUUAUUAAAUAGAAAUAGCUGUGGUGUUUGUUCC